UUUUUUUUUUGGUUUUUUCCAUAUUUUCUGAUUUUGUUCCCACUUGAAUUAGUCAUAACUAGCAUUAGUAUUGUCUUUUUCACUUUUGUUUCUGGAUCGAAAAAAUGGCAAAGCGAUCAUUUACAUGUUUUGUUGAACAAGAAUUGGGAAAGUUCCCCCACUUCUUGAUCUUCGCCGUGCUGGAAUGGGUGCUGAUACUUCUGCUAUUCAUUGAUGGGUUUAUUGCAUUUGUUGCCAAUGAAUUCGCCAAAUUCUUCGAACUUAAAGGCCCUUGCUUGCUUUGCACCAGAAUCGAUCAUGUACUGUUCAACAAAGACCCCGAUUUCUACUACAAUGAUUCAAUAUGUGAAGCUCACAAGAAGGGUGUUUCAUCUUUGGCAUAUUGCCACAACCAUAAGAAAUUGUCUGACAUAAGAAAGAUGUGUGAAGGGUGCCUUCUUUCAUUUGCAACCGAGAAAGAAUCUGAUUGCAUUACGUACAAGUCUCUUGUAGGGAUUUUGCACAAGGAUCUUGAGUGUUUUGUUAAAGAUGAUCUAAGUUUGGCUACAUGCAAGAAGGAUGAUAUUGUCCAGGUUGAGAAGAUCAUCAGUAGCAUUCAUUGUUGUUCGUGUUGUGGAGAGCCUUUGAAGUUGAAUUCAUCAUAUUCAAAGGGAAAAGGCGCCGGUGCGUAUUCAAUAACUCCUGCUCCUUCACCACGAACACCAUUAGCGGCAUUGGCAAAAGAGGAGACUCGCAAUAUGGAUCUUAAAUUUGUUCCUGACCCUGACUCACUUCUGGAGGACGAAGACGGCUCAACUGCAUUCAAUCCCUAUACUCAAUCUAGAGAAGAAGUAAAAGCUGCAACAGUUGCGUUAUUGACAGAAGCUGAGGAUUUGUUUGAUGAAGCCUCAAAGAGCCCUAACUUUGGUAGAGGGAACAGGUUCUUUGGAAUCCCACUGUCAGAUUCAGCCACUAACAGUCCUAGGUUGGGUACUAGGAUUACGAGGAAAUCGCCACUUGGAAAAACAACGUUUGCUGCAGAGUCUAUUGAAGAAAAUCAACCAAAUGAAGCCGAUAGUGCCAAUUCCGUCGUGCAUAAAUUGAAGAGACAGGUUCGAUUGGAUCGAACGUCACUUAUUGCUUUGUACAUGGAAUUAGAUGAAGAAAGAAGUGCUACAGCUGUUGCAGCUAACAAUGCAAUGGCCAUGAUCACCCGGUUACAAGCAGAAAAGGCAGCUGUUCAGAUGGAUGCCUUACAGUAUCAGAGAAUGAUGGAGGAGCAGGCAGAGUAUGACCAAGAAGCCCUAGAAGAAGCGAUUGAUUUGCUUGCCAAGAGAGAGGAAGAAAUUAAGGUUUUAGAGGAUGAACUUGAGGCAUAUAGAGAAAAGUAUGGAAGCACAAGGGAAGAUGAGAAUUACAGAGACAAUAGUUCACAAUCUUACUCAUCUUACAAUGCAAAAUCUGAAAGUGGCAGUUCUAAUGUUAAUGUCAAUGAAGGGGAGAUAAAUGGAGAAGAUGCACACAAUAAUUCUCAACCCUUUUCAACACAAGAAGCAAAUGGAGGGGUUAUCCCAAGCGAAUCAUUGAAACAUGUUAAAGCGGGAAAGCAAAGGAAAACUCUCCUAACAAGAGAGUUGUCUCAUCUUAGUAAGAGGGUGAAGGCCCUUGAAGCAGACAAUGGAUUCCUAGAUCAUGCUGCUCAGACGCUUGAGAAACAUAGUGAAGGAACUAAACUUUUGAUAGAGAUAUCUCGAAAUCUGAGGAAGCUUCGGCAACUUGUGACAAUGCCUCUCGAAGAGAAUGAUGCAUGA